UUAUAAGGAGAGAGAAAAUAAAUGCCGCAAUUACGACAUUGUGGCGUUAGGGGUCCAGGCCAUGAAUCGGAGAUACAGAACUAAAUAAAACCCCGCUCGGCCACUCCUCUACUGCUCCCUCACGACGGAUCAUAACCUCUAACGGCGGUAUCUCACCGAACUAAAAUAUUUUUUACCUUUUAUUUUCCGCCCUCUUCGACCGAACCCCAAAUUAGACCCGAAGAAGUUUUUGAAAUAAAUAUACAACUAAAACCCACAUUUCAUUAUCAGUUGACAUCUACAUGCCAAGUAGUACAAGUUUUACGUGAUAUGCAAGACGGUGCAUUUAGCCAACCAGGCCUAGAUUUACCUUGUGUUUUCUACAAGCAUGUGACUGUAUGGCAUGGUUCUCGAGUCUAUAGCAUCUGGAUGCAAUAAAUUUUGGUGUUCUUCAUGCUUUGUUAGAUGACUUCCUUGAAUCAGGAGUUGUUUACAAUGACGAGUAUAUUUAUGCAGAUGAUGAGGUUGACUCGUUUAAGUAUUCUUUUUCAGACCAGCUAGGUGAAUGGCUAAAGUUAGUAAAGCAAAGUGCAAGGCUGAAUCUACGCGUUGUCGAUUGACACGGUAUCCCUUGUCGUCUUGUCAGAAGAAGAGUGCUAAAGAUUGCCGCCCAAAGAUAAAGCAUUCAAAAGUCCUGGAGAAGAAUGAUUGGGAACGUUCAAACUGUUCAGUUUGUCUUGAAUAUCCUCAUAACGCAGUGCUCCUUCUUUGUUCCUCUUAUAACAAAGGUUGCCGCCCGUACAUGUGUGAAACUAGUUGUCGUUUUUCUAACUGUCUUGAACAAUACAAAAAAGCCUAUACAAAAGUAACUUCAAAUGAAGGUAUGUCAAACAGCACAGUGGGCAAUUCAAAUUUCGUUUCGGGAGCACGGUUGGCCAAUGAGAAGAUAGAAGUUCCAGAGAUUUUAUGCCCACUCUGUCGGGGCCUGGUGAAGGGUUGGACUGUGGUAGAAGCAGCACGCAAGUAUUUUAAUACCAAAAGAAGAACGUGUAUGCAGGAUAAGUGCUCAUUUGUGGGAACGUAUAGGCAGCUGAAGAAGCAUGUUAAAGCUAAGCACCCGUUGGCACGACCCCGAGCUGUGGACCCUAUGCUCAAAGCAAAAUGGAAGAAGCUUGAAUGUGAGAGAGAGCGAAGCGAUGUAAUUAGCACAAUUAUGUCAUCAACUCCAGGGGCAGUGGUUCUGGGUGAUUAUGUGAUUGAGCCAGGCCGUAAUGGCAUUUUCAAUGACCAUGAUGAUUAUGAUUCGGAUGAGUCUUUGGGUGACGAUUUCUUCCCACUGGAGUCCUUAAAUCGAGGGCACAGGAGUGGCCAUUUUCGUAAUGGAUUCCACUCGGAUUUUUUUGACUCAUUGGGCGUGGAUGAUUAUGAUUUGCACCGUCCGCGUUUGUUGAUGGCAAGAGGGCGUGGGAGGUUAAGGGGAAACUAUAGUAGUCGGAAUCCUAACUAAAAUAAUUGCCGGACUAAAGCUAUUUCAAUUCGGUUACUUGUUGUUGCCAUGGCGAAUCCGCAUGUGAUCGGUUGCUGCAGUAGCGGUUUACCCUGAUGCCUGUAAUGCAUCGGAAAUCGGCAAGUGAUUUCCGCACCCGAUAGAAAUAGCAGGUUAGAGGGACAUUUUGUAGGUAAUUUACUUCUUACUAGGGCAUAGGCAAUUCAUGAUCUGUUUCCUCUGUAGGUGUAUGAUUUGAGUGUCAUUUGGUUAAUAAUUGCAUAUUCAUUUGAAUUGGGUUGAAAUGAUUUGAUACAUUCUUCAUACAUUUAUUUUGAACCCAUUUUUAUGUUCAA